AUAUUGUCUACUGUUGGCUCUCAACCUGGAAAACUUGUGUAAUCAUGGCUUGAUAUCCUUCCUGUGCUAUUCAACCUCAGAAGGGUUGGGAAUUUCCUGCUCAAGCUCCUUGAUGCCGAGGCUACAAUCAGCAUUCACCUCGAAUGAUUCGGUAGUACGAUGGAGCUGGUGGACGUUAUGAUACUGUGUCUUCUGCUGCACUGGGCACACCAUGCAAAUUCACAGGAGAAUGCCAUCUCUGAAAAGGAACUUGAUCGCGGUGCCUUGGAUCCCAAACUGAUGGAAGUCAAACCCAGUCUGAAAGUGCCUAUACAUCUAGCUGAAACUGUGGACCUCUCUACUCCAGGUGAGACAACCAACUUGCGAUGGAUCUCACCAGAAAUAAAAGGCAGAAAUAAUGCAGUCCCCCUCAACGCAUUCAGCAUCUACAACAACUACACUUCUCGAGAGGAGUUUGUCUGCAGGCCCUGGGGCAUCUGUGCUUUGGGCUUCAUGACGGAGGAAAGAGGCUUCUACUGCUACUAUUCCCUGCGAGGCCAGCAGCUUCUGACUAAUAAUUUUCAGUUUUUGCAAAACAGGAAGAACUAUGAGUUGCUGGAGUGGAAAUCGGGCCAAAAUGGAAGCGUUCCAGACUACAGCAUUAAAAUCUGCAAUCAUAACUUUGUUGGGAGGAACGAAUAUGGCCUGGGAAAUGUUCACUCCGCCAUGAAAGUAUUUUUUCUCCCCUGGGAAGGGCAGGAGUACUGGUAUCAGGAAUAUGAAGUUUUGACCGUCAAUCGUGAUCCAUACCACCUGCUUGUUUUCAAAAUGUCCUACGACACCAAAAAGAUUAAUGUCAUCACUCAUCCUUCUGAGGAGUUGAUGGAGUCCAUUUGCAUGGCCAACAACAACAGCAAGGAGAUAGUUAAGGAGGUGUACAUGCAGACGAAGCACGAGAAACUCAACAUUUGGGAACCAAGUCUCAGUAUGCAGCACAUGCUGACAACUAACUUCUCGGUCAAAAUUCCGGAAAUCAUCCAGUUGAGGGAAAACCGCUCCGGGAUGGGAGCGGAUGUUUCCGUAUGGAGCGGUUACAAGUACCGCGAGAACGUGUCUCUCACAUUGGACCACACCGCUGCCAUCAAACCUGGCUACUGCUGUCGGGUCAAGAUGGUGGGCAAGAAGACGGAGGUCACCAUGCCCUUCUGGGCUGAGGUCAUCAAGCGGUACCUCAACGGGACGACGCACAUGGCGUCGGUCGUCGGCCACUACAUGAGCAAGGAAAUGGGAGGGAUCAAAGGAGUGGCGGGCGACUGUGAGCCAAUCAACAAUGUCACCUCAGAGCGCAGCAAGCCAAGCCAAGCUGAAACACCACCAGGGACGGGUGCUGCUAGUGCCUUAUCCCCUUGGCUGGCCUCCUACAUCAUCCUUGCACUUAGCUUGGCAGCUUUUGGUGUAGCACUGUAGUAAUGCCCUGCUUGUUAUAGUGGCUGCUAAAAGUGUUGACAGUGAAAUUCUCUUGUAACUUUGUGGAGAGAUACACCAGCCGGAGAGAUACCAAUGAGCUUCCACUGCCACAUUUUGACUUGCAUUCUGAGCACACACUCACAAACACACGCACAAUUGCAUCAUAUGGAAUUGAACUGUCAAUGCUGACAGGGCACGCUUACAGUGCAGUUGCCGGAUUAUAAAUGUUGUCACGGUAACAGCAGUGUUGUCACGUUAACAGUGUCUGCCUGCUCAAGGUGCACCUGCUGUUUAUAAAUGUUGUCACGGUAACAGCAGUGUUGUCACGGUAACAGUGUCUGCCUGCUCAAGGUGCACCUGCUGUUUAUUGUUUACUUGCUUAACACGAACAUUAUUCUGUUUUAAUUAUAAUGCACCUCCAUCAGGCUUUCCAUUACACUUGCUCCCUCCCCUCCUCUUCUCCUCCUCUCUCCUCCUCUUCUCUUCUCUCUCUCCUCCUCUCUCUUCUCCUCCUCCUCUUCUCUCCUCCUCUCCUCUCCUCUUCUCUCUCUCCUCCUCUCCUCCUCCUCCUCUCUCUUCUCCUCCUCCCCUCCUCUUCUCUUCUCUCUCUCCUCUUCUCUCUCUCCUCCUCUCUCUUCUCCUCCUCUCCUCCUCUCUCUCCUCCCCCUCUCUCUUCGGGUUCUGAAUAAGUCCCUGUCCUGUCAUUCUACCUCUCUCAGUCACUGACCAAUCGUAUGCAACUAAUUUCCCCUUGAGGCCAGGCUCUGGUCACGGGGUCUCACUGUUGUUUAAAGGGAGUUUCCCCCUGCCAUUGUUAAGUGUGUGUGUGUGGGGGGGUCUAUUUUGUUUUGAAUGCCACCUGUACCUACAUCCACAACAAUGUUCACUGAAUCAAUAGUCAGCUCUUCUUUUUCUUCUUUUUGUCUGCAGUUGUUCUUAAAGCUUCUUUAUACACAGAAUGUUGUUGUUCUUUGUUGUUCUUAAAGCUUCUUUAUACACAGAAUGUUGUUGUUCUUUGUUGUUCUUAAAGGUUCUUUAUACACAGAAUGUUGUUGUUCUUUGUUGUUCUUAAGGUUCGUUAUGCUCAUGAUGUCAUCAAAAUUCUACAGUGCAUCAUCAACAUGUCAUUAUAUAGUGUAUUAUUGAGACAGUAUAAUACAUUACAAUACAUGUAUUAUCGAUACAUUAAAAAGCCACACAUUGUCACUCAUAUCAUUGAAACAGUUUAUUGAUUCUCUCAUCCAUUGUAUCCACAAGAAGUCAUGUUAGGGCUAGAAAUACAGACACCAGGGGCCAACAAAGGUGGUUGGCAGGACAGAAAGAUAAAAGAAAUCCGAUUUUAAAG